AUGUUCGCUCGCUUGUUGGCUUUGAACAAGGCCAAGAAGGUCAAGGCGUCUGGCUUCGGCAAUCAGCUUGCCAAAGGAUCCUCAAAUGGCUCUUUGGACAGUGGCUCUGUAGAUUCUGAUGUCCGUCAGCUGGUUGCUGCUGAGUCUGAUGCACAUCCUGGCCUGCGAAGCUGGUUUAGAGAGGGGGAGGAUGCUUUCAAGUUUUUACGAACAGUUCAAGUUCACUCCCCGGGACAAGUUCUCCCCAAGGCCAAUGCUGCGACGUUGUACAAUCGACUCCAUCGUUUCGCUCUUUGUGGAGUCGAAGGUUGUGCAGCCUUUGCCGGGGGCGAUGAACUGGCUGCCGUACUGACAACCAUCCCUUUGCAGGUUAUCUUUUCCUGCACGGACUCCCUGCCAACGAAUAUUGCCGUCAAUGCGCUUGAGCAGCAGAAGGCCUUGACCCAGAUGUCCGAUGCCUCCGUGCACCGCGGCUACUUGUACACAUUCUGCACGCACCACCAGGGAAACUUGGCUUCGAAGCCGAUCGUGUUGUCCAUUCCCAACGUCGCUACAGGCAAUGUAGAUGGGGUGCGUUGUUUGGGGAAGGGGGGGUCUAGGUUGUUGAUUUGCUUUGUUGAAAUGGUGUCGAGUUUAUUGUCAGAGUCAGAUACAUGA